AGUGUACCUUCCCUAGGUUUCUCCAGGUACACAUUUAUCCACCAGCCUGAAAGGAAAGAUGAAUAGCUGGGUGAGCUCCACGCUGACUGCCCAGGUUGGGAUUCGAACCCAGGACCAUGGAUUCGUAGUUCGGCACGCACCACUAGAUCAUGGAGGCAUAAAAGAAAUAACCACGGGGUGAGAAAUUUGCUAUAUGAGGACGGACCUUUGCAUCUAAUACAGCCAAUGUCAACAAGAUGAGAAAGCAAUUACAACAAGCAAAUGAACUGAAGUUGCUAACCCAUGGUUGCCCUGCACACAUUCUAUAUGUUUUGGCUCAUGAUUUGGAAAUUGGUAACAUAGAAGAACAUGUGCUUCAUGUUGUAAAAUACUUUUGAAACUAUCACUCAACCUCAGCAAGAUAUCGUGAAAAAGGCGGUCAACGUCUUGUUCUUGUGACUUGACAGACCAUGUGUGGCUCACUGAAGAUUUAUAUCUAUAUCAGCUCAGGAAAAUUUGUGAAGUUAACAGGGAAAAUAUUGAUAUCAAAUGUAGCAGUGAGGUACAUGAUAUCCGAGUAUGGCAGGAAGAGGCAACCCUCGUGUGGCUAUCUGUUGGCUGCGCAAUGACCUAAGAUACCAUGAUAAUGAGAUCCUUCUCAAAGCAAACAGCAAUGUUGACAAAGUGCUGCCAGUGUAUUGCUUUGACCCCUGCCACUUUAAGGGGACCUACCACUUUGAUUUCCCCAAAACUGGUCCACAUCGAGCCAAGUUUCUCCUGGAGAGCGUGGCGGACCUACGGAACACUCUGAGGAAGAAGGGCAGUGAUCUGGUAGUGAGGCUGGGUCAACCUGAGAAUAUUUUACCACUCCUGGUCAAGUCUCUAACUGACCAUGAGUGUCAUUUGGUGUACCAGGAAGAGGUGACCAAAGAGGAGACUGAUGUAGAAAAGAGAGUAAAGGAAAACUGUCACCAACAUGGGGUACAGAUCCACCCUCUGUGGGGCAUGACCCUCUACCACAAGGCUGAUCUUCCAUUUCCAAUCACCAGAGUGCCUGACACAUACACAAACUUUCGCAAGGCAGUGGAGGCUCAGAGUCGUGUGAGGGCACCAGUAGUGAUGCCAGACUGCCUGAAGCCACUCCCAUCAGAUGUAGACCCAGGCCAGCUGCCAUCCCUCGCCCAGCUGGGAGUGAAAGAGCAACCCACAAACAAGAGAACUGCUUUCCCUUACUCUGGAGGCGAGUCACAUGGUUUGAACCAUGUGAAGCAGUACUUGUGGGAAACCGAUAAUGUGGCCACCUAUAAAGAAACCAGAAAUGGGUUGCUGGGUUCAGAGUACUCAACAAAAUUUAGCCCUUGGCUAGCUCAUGGUUGCUUGUCCCCACGCUACAUCCAGGCUGAAGUUGCUCGAUAUGAGAAGGAGCGUCAGGCUAACCAGAGUACAUACUGGGUCCUCUUUGAAAUGAUCUGGAGGGACUACUUCAAGUUUGUAUGCAUGAAGUUUGGAGACCGUGUGUUCUACCCAUCGGGCAUCAUGGGCAAGAGAUUAAAGUGGAAACAAGACCAUGAUAUGUUUGAGAAAUGGAAAGAGGGCAGAACAGGAGUCCCAUUUGUGGAUGCCAACAUGAGAGAACUAAGAGAGACAGGCUGGAUGAGUAACCGUGGCCGCCAGAAUGUCGCGUCUUUCCUAAUCAAGGACAUGGGCCUGGACUGGAGACUUGGGGCAGAGUGGUUUGAAUCUCAACUGAUGGACCAUGAUGUUUGUAGCAAUUAUGGGAACUGGAACUAUGCAGCUGGCAUUGGGAAUGACCCAAGAGAAAACAGAAAGUUCAAUAUGAUCAAACAAGCAUUUGACUACGACCCUGAGGGUAACUUUGUGCGGUGCUGGGUGCCUGAGUUGGCUGGGUUGAGGGGUGGAUUGAUCCACACCCCUUGGAAACUCUCAUCAAGCCAGUUGUCCUCUGCUGGGGUCUCCCUGGGAGAAACGUACCCACAUCCAAUUUUGGUUGCCCCAGAGUGGAGCCGCCAUCAACAGAAAGGGACGCAAGGGAAAGCAUCGUCCUCAAAGGGACCGAGACAACGAGGGAUCGACUUUUAUUUUAAAUCACCGAAAAUGUGAUUUUAACUGCAAUAAGGCACUUCUUACCCCAGUUUAUUUUUUUCCUGAAAGUCUCCCCUAAAAUGAUAACAGUUUUCUCAUUUUAAGUUUCUUUGGUUGCCUUUCCCACUCUAACAAUACUGAAUGUAAAGUCACUUUUAUCCUUUUGCUUGUAGCGGGUGCUACUUCAGGCAGUCUACUUUCUUAGUUCAGGGAAGGAAAAAUGAAACACUGCGGUGAUCUGACAGCAGCUGAUUUAUUAGCGAGAGACACGACUAUUUAUAGGGCGCUACAGAAUCAAGCACUAGUUCCACAGCCAAUCAGCUACCAGCGUGGCUGCCACUCUGCGCCUCAUGAGUAUUCGCUGUCAGCUGCCUUGGAUCUAGCACUUAGACCAGCAACUUCCGUCCCGCGCUUCGUGAUUGGGUUUGUGGCGAAGGCCGCCACAUGCUCAUGUUUUUUAGUUCGUAUCUGCGCUUCAACACUGUGUGCCAUUUUGUGUUUGUCACCACUUAUUGACCUCACCUGUGGCACUGUAAAUGUCAAUCAAGCAUGCAGAUAAGGAAACUUUGCACAAGUUUGCAACAAAUAGAUAAAUAAUGAAAACACUCGUGUUUAGUACAGAAAAAUGUUUUAAGCCUACACAAAUGGGACAUAGAUCUUGCCAACUUCACAGAAUUGCUGAAUUAUAGGAGUGGCCCCUACUCUAAAAUAAUAAAGAAAGGAAAAAAAAAAUCACUUACCAUUGAGAGAGCCUUUGGGUUGGAUAUAGAGGUGGCGAAAGACCCAACAACUGAUGUCACAACACUUACAGGAUAAGACCUCCUUCUGCUUCAUGAAUGGUUGUCUUUACUUGGCAUAUAAAUAGUACAAAUACAACAAAUAAUCUACCCAGAGCCAACUGAGGAUGGGGAGACUUCCUCAGCAAGGGUUUCAGGAUGUGUUGUCAUUCACUGCAAAAAUCACCUUCACAAAAGGGCUCUCCAUAGGGCACUAUUUAUCGAAACUCAUUAGUCAUUAUGAGGUCCCUUAAGGCAUUAGGAGUGUCUACAUAUUCAUAAGAAACUUCAUGAAGUAUCUAUCAAACCUCUCAAGCCUUGUGAGUUCUCCCAUAUCCCACGUGGUAUUGCAAGUCAAUUAGGGUUAUCACAAGGGACUUGUAAGUUCUCACAAGUAGUAAGGGAGCUUCCAAAACACACCAGCAAAGAUGAUGAUAAAGGCACACUGAUCAGUUUUCCACUGUCACAGGUCUGUUUAUGUUACUAGGCAAAUCUAACCCUAUAAAUAAUUUGACCUUGGUCCAUAUCUUGUACCAAAUAUGUUCAGAAAAGUGUGAUUUAGGAAUUGCAUAAACAAAAAUAAUGUUAUGAAGUAGCUAAGCUAGGAGAGGAUGAAACCAAAUAAAUGAGUGUUGAUGCACAACUUUACUUUAGCUUUUGUGGGCUUUGUUUUUUACUAUUGUACUAUUGCAGUGCAGAGUUCACUCAGAGAGGUGAUACUGGUCUCAGGUUUUCUUAAUAUCAAGUGAUAGUGUCAGGAACUCAGGUAGGAGUGAAGUCUGUGAAGUCAUCGGUUGUGGAUCAAGUGGACAAAGUAUGAUGGCUGCUGACCCAUACACAGCAGCCAUUAUGCCAGGGGUAUGGUUACUUGCCCUUGUAUAAACUGUUGUAGUUGAUUAUAUAUCUCUGUAAUUACGGGUAGAUAUGUAUAACUUUAGCUUAGUUUGUGAGGUACUGGUUUUUUACAGCAAUUUCUCUCAAUCAAAAGCUCCUCUCAGCUACACUCUCACUCCUUGUGUUUUCCUAAGCAUUUUAGUAAAAACUCUUACACUCCUUCUAACAGUGAGUGAUGUAGGUAAGUCUGGAAGGAUAUUUGCAAGCUUUUAUAAGUACUAUGAUUUGUGACCCCAGGAAUGCAUAGCAUUGUGCUGUCCAUUGCAGAUGGCAAGAGACAUUUCAUCUGAAAGGCUGACUUAAGAUUACUUAUUUUAACUUUUCGUGUAUCACAAUGGCAUGCCACCAGGUUAAGUUUACAUCUCCAAUAAAUGAUACCUUGCCAACUUAAUAGUAAUGGCAAACUGCUAAAUUUUAUGAUAUUUAUUUUUACCCAAUAAAAUUGUGGAUUUCA